GCUCAGGCCGUCCCAGCACCAUUCCUGAAGUGACGCGCGAGGGAAGGAGACGCUCCUGCUCCUGGGACUCGAAGGUGCGUGAGAGAAGGCGGAGAUGACCCCAUCCGGACUGAAGGCGGUGGUGCGCGAGAAGAUCCUCAGUGUUGUCUUUCGCAGCGUGAAGAAGGAAGGAGAAUGGAAGGUGCUGAUCAUGGACCACCCCAGCACGCGCAUCCUUUCGUCGUGCUGCAAGAUGUCCGACAUUGUGGACGAAGGCAUCACGCUUGUGGAAGAUAUUAACAAGCGCCGGGAGCCAAUCCCCAGCCUGGAGGCCAUCUACUUGCUCAGCCCUGUGGAGAAGUCGGUGCAGGCUCUGAUCGAUGACUUCCAGGGCACCCCCACCUUCACCUACAAGGCAGCUCACGUCUUCUUCCUCAGCC